AUGAUCCACAAUGAGAAAGAAGCUUACGAAGUAUAUUGUGCUUACGCUCAUCAUAUCGGAUUUAGUGUUCGUAAGGAGCACGACACUUUCUGGCCGAACUCCAGGAAUCUUAAGAUGAAGGACUUUGUAUGUGGAAAAACAGGUUUCAAGAAAGAGCUGAAUGUCGCACAAACUGUUAAAUACAAAAGAAUAGGCACAAGAAGUGGUUGUCUGACGAUUAUUGGAUACGCAAUUGAUGUCAAAGGCGAUUGGACAUUCAAAAAAUUCAUUGAAUCUCAUAAACACUCAUUAGCAAACCCUGGUGAUAAGCACCUCUUGCUUUCCAGCAGAAAGAUAAGUGAAUUCAAUGCAAAUGUUCUUAGAUCGAUGACACAGUUAGGGAUAAGACCUAGAGAUGUGUUUAACUUUCUAGCCACAAAAGUUGGGGGAGUAGAGAACCUGAAGUGUACUAAGAUAGAUGUCUUCAAUCUCAUUCAAAGAGAGAAAAGAUAUAAAAUUGAAAAUGACGAUGCCAAUGCUUUAUUGCAAUUGUUUAUAGAGCGAUGUGCUGAUGAUAGCAUGUUUGAAUGA